UCCAAUUUGCUUUCUAUUUCUUCUGCUGUAUGCCCAACCCAAGACAAAGAGUUCCAGACUAGAGGGAAUUUUUACUUGCAGUAAACAGUCGGUUUCUUUCAAUUUCUAGAUGUUCAGCAGCACCAUCGUCGAAUCCCAUAUUAUUUCAAUCUGAAAAAAUCCCUAAUUUAUCAAUUUGUUUGAAACCACAUCGAAUUUCUUCUGGUUGCUCUUACUGGAGUCCCUAACUAAACAAGCAAGAAAAAAAGAAAAGAAAAAGGAGUUCCUUGCAAAUAAUUUCUGCCCCCAGCUUGGAUACCCCUAAAUAGCUCCAGGUAUUUGUCCAUGGAUUCAGCCAAAGGAUCGCCAUCUGAAUGUGAAUCACUUCAUACGGAUAUCGAAUCAUUUUUUCAGACAGCACCACCAUUGAGAGAUCAUCUUGACAGUAGUAGGAAAAUUGGGGAAUUUAUCGAGAAAAACUCUCCAACUACAGGAAAUGGGAUAAGUAGACGUAUUGUAUGUGUGACAUCUGGUGGUACUACUGUUCCUCUCGAACAACGAUGUGUUCGAUAUAUCGAUAACUUCAGCUCUGGACAUCGUGGGGCAGCAUCUACUGAGUAUUUUCUGAAGGCUGGAUAUGCAGUUAUCUUUCUCCAUCGACGAGGAACUUGUCAGCCAUACUGUAGAUCACUUCCCGAGGAUUCACUCCUUGAAUGUUUGGAGCUUAAAGAAGGGGAAUCAUCCAUUCAAGUUCGCGAGUCAUAUUCUGAAGAUGUGAAGGGGGCAAUCAGGCAUAAUCAUGAUGCUAUAAAAGAGGGUCUCUUGUUGAAACUCCCUUUUACGUCCAUCUUUGAGUAUCUUCAGAUAUUGCGGAUGGUUGCUACAUCCAUGAAUUCUCUUGGACCUCGCGGAAUGUUUUAUCUUGCUGCUGCAGUAUCGGAUUUCUAUGUCCCUUGGGAGACGAUGGCUGAACAUAAGAUUCAAUCUGCUUCCGGUCCGCUAGAUAUGCGACUCGCUCAGGUACCAAAAAUGCUUAUUAUGAUGAGGAAAGAAUGGGCUCCAGUGGCUUUCUGCAUAUCAUUCAAGCUGGAGACAGAUACAAACAUUUUAUUAGAGAAAGCUGAUAUGGCGCUGAAGAAAUACAAAAUGAACAUGGUGGUAGCAAACGAGCUUUCAACUCGUAAAGAGGAGGUUAUUGUUGUUGCCUACAGCGGAAGAAUUACUGUUCGCAGAGACGAGACUAACGGGGAUGUAGAAAAUCCACUCAUCAAACUCAUUGUAGAUAGACACUCGACUUAUAUUGAAGAAUCUGGCAAAAACUGAGGGACAAAGAGAAGACUGGAAGAAGUUUAAUCUUGUAGUUGGCUAUUGGCAAAUUGGUGCAGAAUUCUACUUUUUCUGGGGGAUGUGUUUGGCUCCAUAAGUUAUUGGAUGUAGCUUGUUUUUUUAGUAACCUGUAUAGGGGGGGCAUGGUUUAUUAGAGGGGCGGCAUUCUAAUUGGACAAAAAAGGUCAUUACAUGAUCAUUCAAGGUGUCCCUUAUCAAAAAAUACUGGAAAUGACAAAUUAAUCCUCAUAAACUCAAAA